CAUCCAUCUUGAAUUUGACGUCAUCCCACACCAGAGAUGAGGUCAUCCCUGCGCGGCCACGAAGGCGCGCUCCUGCCUGACAAAGCGAUCAUGAAGCAGAUAGGAAUCAACCAGCUGCUGCUUUUGGCACAGAAGAGGCCGGGCAGAUGCAUACCUGGGAGAAUUUACAGUAUUUUCCAGCUGUUUCAGCAGUGGAAGGAAGAAGAAGCCUGUGAGUAUGGAGAACAUGGAGCUCAAUGCUACAGAAUAAUGCUAGUACAGUCUAUACUAUGUGACUGCCGCUGAUGGAACAGAUUCUCUGAUGAAUGACAAGGAUUUAUGGGAGAAACAUUACAUCACUGUUGCAAUGAGGUCAUCAUUAAGUCAUUCAUCAUCGUUGUAUAAAGCACAGGCAGUUAGUAACCACUUAACAACCAGAAAGUACCAUUUCCCCUUCCAGCUAUCACGUCUGUGAGUACCCGGUGACACGGAACGUUCCCAAAGUGGUUGCUUUCCAAACGCCCUAUCAGGCAGCAGUGCCGUGCCAUGGGUGGCUCCCCUGGGGACUGUGUACCAAAACACAUUAUAGGAUUGAAUACCGCACCAUAUUCGUACCUGAGACGACCAACGUGAGCCGCUGCUGCGAGGGAUACGAGAAUGUGGGUCACUAUUGCGCAAAGUCUUUAGAUACAGCCAGUGGAUUCACUUCACGACCGGGUAAAUGCCCCUCUGUACCCGAGGGAGUGGCAGAACCCAGCUGUGAGUUUGACUCUGACUGCCCGGGACUGCAGAAAUGCUGUGGAUUCUCCCAUGGAGCUGCCUGUGCCUCUCCUGCAGCUCCGGCUCUCGACAGGAACGCAAGCAAGUAUUGGUACAAUGGCACUGUCACCAUAAAAAUAGGAUUUAGCGAACUCUGCCGCGUGGACGUUGGAUUCUUCAAUCACACAAGGUUAUUACAUUCCAUGAUUACCGGAGCGUUGUGUCCUCUAAACACCACCGUCCAUCACAUCUCCACAAAGCCUGAAGGAAUCUUUGCAGUGAAGUCUCAGAUCCUGAUUGGGGUGAAUGAAUUGGACUCCCUGCCUAAUAUCUCUGCUAAGCUUAACGGCAUUGUGACCCGCAUCCCAGAAAUAAUCAGCAUACACCUAGAAGAUAUCAACGAAUGUUUGCAUAUGGAGCUGCACCCUUGUUUGCCCGGUGAGCUCUGCACCAAGGAGAAUGGCUCAUACCAAUGCAGCAGACCCAAUACCAAUGAACAGAUCAGGCCUCCUUUGCACAUGUCUCAUUGGACAACAGAAACCCCUCCGCUGGCUUCUCCUGAACCAGGACCUAAAAACCUUUCUUCUAGACUCCCUCCACCUCCAGUCAGCAGCAACGGAACUAGGCCUUUCUGCAAUUGCUCAGUAUUUAAGUAUCUCAGAAUCUCCAAUGUCAGUAGCGGUGGAUUUGACAUGGACUGGAGCACAGACUGCCCGGAGAACCAGACUUACCAUGUACAUGUGUAUGCACAGAAUGGAUUUACCAGCCGGCGGGAAAUCAGACAGACGUACACGGAAAUACGUGGGUUAAUGGCAGGGGACCUGUGUAUGGUCAACGUCAGCUUCAUGGACUGCAUGGGGCAUGUUCAUUGGAAGGAAGGAAGAAUAAAACAUGACGCGCAGAUUUUAAAUGUUACACUUAAAAUAACGAACCAUAACCUGACUGAGGCUCUGAGCAACUCCAGCUCUGGAGAAUAUUUGGACUUUGUAACCAAAUUUGUCCAAGAGACCAAACAGGCUCUAUCUAAGGACUUUGCUCCGGCAGAGCUGAUGGUGGAGGUUGAAUCCCUAAGAGCUGGAAGCAUCAUUGUUUGUUUCACUGUAACUGUCAUUGACUCCCUGGUUCCACUUAAUCUCUCCCGACUGCCAGUCUCAUUUAGGAGCAGUUCGUUUGUAAUCGACGAGAAGUCUGUUAUUAUAGAAGAUUUCAAUGAAUGUUCAUCACCUCUGGAUAACGACUGCCAUACAAGCGCUCAGUGCAUAAACCUAUACCUGUCCUAUACCUGUCAGUGUCUGGAAGGGUUUACUGAUAUAUAUCUAAGCCGGCCUGGAAGGAACUGUGUAGGGAUGAUGGGUUUGGUUGGCCCACAAUUACUCAAUGUUACACAUUCAGGAAGAAUGAACGAACCAUCCCCUACAAAUGCAGCAGAUACAUCGUUCCAAACCUCAGUAACCCCCGGGACAUCAUUAUAUGCCACUACUGAAAAUAUGGAGGCAAAUACCAGCGCCACUUUUAUUCCUCCUGGAGACACAAACACUAGCCAUUCUGUAGAGAGCUACCAUAUUGGGAACAGUACAGCGUUAAUAAUGGAACAACCCAAAGGUGAAAAUGUAACUAACAUGGCUGCUGCUUUACCUGCUCCAGUUCCUACCCAGAAUGAGAGCAACGUGUCUGUCUGGAACACAACAACCACCACCGGUGAUACCACCCACACUGAUACCCCACAUGGCUCCAGCCAGCCGCCCACAGACAUUCCUACAUCUUCCAAUGUUACUUAUGGGAUAACUCCAAAUAGAACCACCAUGGGUCUUCCUGUGGCUUCUUCUACUGUGCCUACAGGAACCACCGUUAGUCCUUUGAUGCCCACCACAUCCACCACUAUGGAGAUGUCCCAACCACCGGCCGUGCAGGUUACCGCCAUGCAGUUAAAGUCGGCAAGCACGCUGAUCUGCGACACGGGAAGGAUCGGUAUCAUUAUCCAGAGGUCGUACCUGAGGCAGAAAUUCAUUGAUGAAAGCUCCCUUUACCUCGGGAAUCCGGAAUGCAAUGUUACCCAGACUAAUGACACCCAUGUUUUGCUGCAGGCCGGAUGGAAUGAGUGCGGCACAGAAGAACACAGUAAUAAAACGAACAUAAUGGUGAAUACUUCCUUGUACCAUAACCUACUGACGUAUCCCAAUCCUACUCCUCGCCAGCUGGGCACCAUUAGAUGUGUCUUCUCCAAUGAUAUUCUGGCAUCGACUGGAUACACGCCUUCCGGAGGGUUUCUUACCAUCAUUGAAAAACUGGAAGGGGACGGAACGUUUAUGCCGGAAUUUCAGCUCUUCAGCAGCGACCAACCGAUGUCAGAAAACCUCACGUUCAAUGCAACCGAUAACAUCAAGGUUCAGAUUAGGAUCAAGGCAGACGACAGCCAGCUGAAGGUUGUCAUCAGUGAUUGUUGGGCCACCCCCAGCUUGAGCUCUGACGAUCCAAUAUCUUUUCCUUUUAUUAAGCAAAGCUGUGCUGUGAAAGAAACCUACACCGUCAUCCAUACCAACGGCAUCUCUAACAACGCCACGUUUGAGACAAAGCUCUUUUCAUUUGUCGGGGAUCAUUCAGUGGUGUACAUUCACUGCCGGCUCCACGUGUGCAAGGAAAGCGAGGGCUCCAGCUGUAAGCCGACCUGCGGUGCGGUUUCAGCAAGAAGCAGCUCCCCUAAUAUAUUCACAGGCCUUACUCGGUUAGGGCCCAUACACCAAAGCCCACGAGCACAUAAGGAAGAGACCCCAGAGAAGCCCCAGCUGGGGCCGGGCUACAUCACUCUUAUCAUUGUCGCUGUCCUUGCCUUCGUAGCAAGCCUGGCGGCCAUUUUCAUUUGUUGGCAUGAGAGAAGAACCGGAAAGUACAACUUCACCUUUAAGUGUCAGGAUGUUGGCUACCAAGUAUUCUCUAACUAGUUACGUUAGACCCACGUUAGUAGCUGCAUUUACCAUGAGCGGAUGGAUACGGUCUCAUUCGGAGCAACCUCCCCUUUAGUUUUGUGUUGAUUUAAAAAUAUUAAAAAGCUCAGAAUUAGUUUUCAGAAAAUUGUGGGACAAAAAGAAAAUGGUCUUUUAUUUAAUAUUAUUUUGCUUCAUUUUGUUCUGCCUCUCUCCAGUUUGGUUGGUGUUUCAACUACUAUUUGGGUGCUAGGGUGGCCUGAGCGCCCAGGCAGGGAGUUGAAUGGCAAACUGGAGGACAAUAGGAAAAAGUCCAAAGCACAAGUCUUCAGACUCUUUGUAUUUAGUCCCAAAAGAAGGUCACAGACUUAUAAAACAUGGCUGUAACAAGUCCAUAGUGCUGAUCCAGACUAUACCAGUGAUCCCCAACCAGUGGCUCGUGAGCAACAUGUUGCUCCCCAACCUGUUGGAUGUUGCUCCCAGUGGCCUCAAAGCAGGGGCUUAUUUUUGAAUUCCUGGCUUGGGGGCAAGGUUUGGUUGCAUAAACACCAAGUAUAAUGCCAAAGAUUAUACUGCCAGUCCACAUAGGGGCUAUUAAGUAGGCAAUUAUAGCUCGUUAUUGCCACCCCCAGGAAGCCUUUUCAUGCUUGUGUUGCUUCCCAACACUUUUUCCAUUUAAAUGUGGCUCAUGGGUAUAAAAGGUUGGGGAGCCCUGCCCUAUACCCUCAGGCAAUAGAGAUGUUUGAUGAGUCUUAAGCUGGCCAUACACUGAAAGACCCACUUGUUUGUUCGCCCAAUGAGCAAACCUAACCCUAUAACCUUCCCCUCGGGGCAAAUGAUAGGAAUUGAUAGGAAUUCAGGCCAUUGCAGCUAGGACCACAUCAGUGAGCCAACUUGCUCCUUUCCCUGACCGAUCGACAGUUGGCGCGCUCAUCUGAGGGCCCCAUACAUGGGCCGAUAAGCUGCCAAUUCUGUCCACUGGCAGAUUUUACCGGCCCGUGUAUGGCCACCUUUAGUCAGCAUCUUGAUUCAUUACCAUACCUGUAAAAAACAUUUAAAUAAAGGCUGUGAUUGGUUAUAUGGAAGCCCAGUAUGGACUGGCAGACUACAUGAGGCUCUAUUUGGCAGUACACAUGGUCCUUAUGCCUCCAAAACUUGCCUCCAUGUUAGAAAUUCAGGAAUGUAGACCUGCUUUGAGGCCACUGGGAGCAACAUCCAAGGGGUUGGUGAGUAACAUGUUGCCCCUGAGCCUCUGGUUGGGGAUCACUGGUCUACUCUAGUCAUAUCCAUUACACUAAAACCACACCCAUAAACUACUCAAACCCCACCUACCAUCUUGCAGUCCAUGUCCCUUUGCCCUGUGAAUCACACUUUUACAUCUCCUGGGCCCCCACUGCCAUGGGACUCCUGGCUGCAAUAGGCCCUGUAUCCCCCUGAUAGUGGCCCAUGUUCCAGGGAUACUCAAAACACUAAAUAAUCAGUCACCCUCAAUGUUUAUUGGCCUUUCAUGUGAACUCACCCUUCCACCAAACACUGGUCCAAAGAAAUCAGACUGGUCCUGUCUUCUUCCUUGUAUCCAAAUGGCCCAUCAUAAAGAGUCAUCCAAAAGUCUGAAAUGGUGAAUUACUCAACACAUGGUGGGUCUCAUUAGUUAUUAGCAGCUAUGGGCUUAAUUACUAUAGAACUUGGCAUUCACAUUGUAUGUAGAUAACUCACCCGAGAGCAUAUUGUAAUUUAUAUACUCCUACAUGUGAAGACAGACCUUUAUAUUUAUACCCAUAUUCUCAUGUACCCAGAAAUAUAUUUAUAAAGGAUUAUUUUUAUAGCCUUAAGUAUUCUGUAACUUUCACAUAUAACUGUGAGAAAAGCUUCGUGACUUGUACAACCUGAGAUGUCGGAAUGCCUUGUGCUGUCUGAUAAAUGAAGGGAACGGUCUUCUGUGCUUGAUGCUUGGGCAUUGCCCUACUGGGGUAGCCUUGGGUCAACUUACUGUCCUGCAUAAUAAUAAAAGUCAAUUAUGUACGUAUGGAACUUA